AUGAAGACCCACAACACCCCAGAGAAGAAAACAUCAGGCUCCUCCGCUCCUUCUCGAUGGCACAGGAGCAGGUUUCGGCGCAAGCCCUCCCCGCAGAUGGUGGUGAAGGGACAGCUUCGGAUGCGCUCUCCCUCGGGAGUCUUUGUGAUGGUGGGGAUCUCGGUGGUCUUGGUGGGAAUGACCAUUGCCGUGAUCGGAUACUGGCCUCACCGUACAAAGUCCGGCAGUGGCAGGCCAGGGAGCUCCAAUGUCACCGGAGACAUCAGGAAGGACAUUAAGGUUUCUCCCCAAGCUCGCCCCUUUCUCCACAGUGAGAAAUUGAAGCUCAUUGGGCCGGUCGUCAUGGGUGUGGGCCUCUUUAUCUUCAUCUGCGCUAAUACGAUGCUGUACGAGAACAGAGACAUGGAGACUCGCUUGUUGAUGCAGCAGGAGCUCUAUUCCAUGGGCCUGGAUUUCCCACAGGACCCGGGACCAGCCAGCGAUUACUUUCAAAGGAGAAGGACCACCUCAUCCACCCUCAGGGCCAAUGCUGAAUGUGCAGAAGGCUACUACGAGGUGGACCUUUCUUCUAGCGGCUUCCAGUCUUGCUCCAGCCCUGUGAAGAAAUGGGUCAACAGCUGCAAUUCCAGCAGGCUCCAAACCACGACCCAGUUCUUUCAUCACAAGAGCAUCUCACCUUCGCUCUCUCUCUUGAGCAUCCGUUCGGACUCCGGCAACGCCGUGCCAGAGAAUGGAGCUUUCUCCUUUGCUCGCGGAGCGGAGACCGUCCUCUCUACGGCCGUCAACGCCUUGCCUUUGCCUCUCAUUAAGCUGAACAGCUGUCUUCUUGAAAAGCAGGGCGUUUCUCGGGCAGGUGUCCGGGAUUUGGAAAGCAAAUGUAGGUUGCCAGAGGAGAAGGAGGAGGUACGGAGACUCUCGUGGGCUUUUCUGCCUGGAUGCAACCACGUUGUGCCCAGGAAGGACACCUUUAAAGGCAGCCACGUAGUUAUUGAUAUGGAUAGCACAUCCCACUCAGGCACCUCGGUGGAUAAAUUUCAUGAAUGUGCAAAGAGAGAGUUCCCAAACUCGGGUCAUUCUAAAUCCUUGGAUCUUGGCCAGCCAAGAACGGCAUUGGUGGCGCCCAGCAUAGACAGGAAACACAGGAGCUGGCCUAGGCUUGAUCACAUUGACCUACUCAACUAUGCAAAACUGGAAAGCCAAGGGGAGUCUUCCAACAGGCUUUUGGGGGCCUCAAAAGACCUUUUUAGGGGGGAGAGCAUUUCAUUAUCCCAGGAAAUUCCUAUGAAAACAGGUCAUAUCAUUUGAUCCCGCACCCGAAGGGAACUGUGUUGUUUUGCUAGGUCAGAUUUAGGCAUUGCCAAGAGAAGGGUGGCCGGCUGAUCACUAUUUGCCAUGAGGAUUGCAAUGCUGGCUGCUUCAUUCAUCAGCCAAGGUCUGUUGUCAAUGGAGAAAUAGUUUGGAUGACUUUCUUCCCAAGGGUCAUGUGGUUUCUUGCCUUAACUAAAAGUCUGACCGAGGGUGAAAAACGUUGUCCUGGAUGGACCACACCAGUGGUGGGAUUCAAAUAAUUUAACAACCGGUUCUCUGCCCUAAUGACCAGCU